UUGUUCGAUUGUUUAAUCUUUCAUCUUUGGAUGGCUGUUGUGUGACAUAAUCUAAAGUUAAGCUUUAACUGUGGAGUUUGAAUUAUAGCAAAGUGCAAGCUCGUCAGAUUAGAAGCAUCGUGUGAUGAUGACAUGCAAUCAAAAAUUUAUUGCGGAUGCCAACGCUAAGCUCCGCCUCCACUCGUUGACCCUUUUUCUGUAAAACCAUUCCAUUAAAAAGGUUCCUCAAUUUAAUCUAUUCGUUACAAUUACUAAUCUCAACGAUUAAGCUUUCCAAUCAAAAGUACGGAUAAGACCCUUUUCAUCUUUGCUUACGGAGUACGAAGAUCAAAUUUUCAUAGAAAAAUGAUAUCACACAUCGGUUCAUGCUUUGCAUUUCUUUUUUGGCAAGAAACGGUGAUGGUACAAGCCAAGGAGUUCAUGUAAAGAUUAACAUUUGAGUCUUUGGAUUUUGGUGUAAGAGUAAGAUUGUAAAGCUUAUCUGAGAUUGAAAAUGGCAAUGGCAUCUCUAGUAAAGGUGAUUCUGGGCUCAAUUGCCUUCGCAAUCUUUUGGGUGUUGGCGGUUUUCCCAGCUGUCCCUUUUCUACCCAUAGGGAGAACUGCAGGAUCCCUCUUAGGCGCCAUGCUUAUGGUCUUAUUCCAAGUCACAACACCUGAUCAAGCCUAUGCUGCAAUUGAUCUUCCCAUACUUGGUCUUCUCUUUGGGACAAUGGUUGUGAGUGUGUAUCUGGAAAGAGCAGAUAUGUUCAAAUACUUGGGUAAGUUGCUCUCCUGGAAAAGCAAAGGACCGAAGGACUUAAUUUGUCGAAUCUGCUUGAUUUCAGCCAUUUCAAGUGCUCUUUUCACCAAUGAUACCUCUUGUGUGGUCUUGACUGAGUUUGUAUUGAAAAUUGCUCGGCAACAUAAUCUCCCUCCACAUCCAUUCCUAAUUGCUCUUGCAUCAAGUGCUAACAUUGGUUCUUCAGCAACUCCCAUUGGUAACCCUCAAAACUUGGUUAUAGCUGUUCAGAGCAAGAUUAGUUUUGGAAAGUUUCUAAUUGGAAUCCUCCCUGCAAUGCUUAUGGGAGUUUUUGUGAAUGCUGUAAUUAUUCUUCUCAUGUACUGGAAGUUGUUAUCCUCUCAGAAGGAUGAAGAAGAUGCAACUGCUGAUGUUGUAGCAGAAGAGGAUGUGACUUCUCAUCGGUUUUCACCAGCCACUAUGUCACAUGAGACAUCCUUAAAUUCCCAGGAACGGAACUCUAGAGCGGAAUCUAUUAAUUUCCAAAGUUCUCCGAAUGUGAAUGGCAAUAUAGGUCAUGUUGAUACUCUUAGAAAUCGAGCUGGUUCUAUUGAGAAUGAAAUCCACAGGGUACAUAGUGGUGCAAUCGGAACACCAGGAAAUUCAAAUGAAUCCAAAGAGGUGUUAAGGGAUGGAUCUUCUCAGAGAAGGGAGGAAGCUUUCUCUCCAAAGGGGGUUGCCUCAACAAUUAGAUUGAGCAAUGUUCUUUCACAGCAGAUCUUAGACGGAAAGGAAAAUUUGGCCACAAGGUGGAAAAAAAUAUUGUGGAAAUCAUGUGUUUACCUUGUUACUGUAGGAAUGUUAAUUUCUCUGCUUAUGGGUCUCAACAUGUCCUGGACUGCAAUUACUGCUGCACUUGCUCUUGUGGUUCUCGAUUUCAAAGAUGCUCGACCAAGCCUGGAAAAGGUGUCUUAUUCGCUUUUAAUUUUCUUCUGUGGAAUGUUUAUCACUGUUGAUGGCUUUAACAAAACUGGAAUUCCAAGCACUCUUUGGGAUUUCAUGGAGCCCUAUGCACAGAUUGAUCACGUUAGUGGGACAGCAGUUCUUGCUGUUGUCAUUCUUGUCCUGUCAAAUGUGGCAUCCAAUGUACCAACUGUUCUCCUACUUGGAGGUCGAGUAGCAGCAUCUGCAGCUACAAUUUCUGCAGCCGAUGAGAAGAAGUCGUGGCUAAUUUUAGCUUGGGUCAGCACAGUAGCUGGGAACCUCUCAUUACUUGGAUCAGCUGCCAACUUGAUAGUCUGUGAGCAAGCUCGCCGUGCUCCACACCUUGCAUAUACCUUAUCCUUCUGGAAUCAUCUCAAAUUCGGAGUGCCCUCAACCCUGAUAGUUACAGCAAUUGGUUUGAUGUUGUUAAAAUGAUACUGAUCUCC